AUGGGUAUCCGGUUUUCCCAGUGGGUUGCUCCGUCCAUUGUACUUCACAGUACCCUCACAUCUGCUCUCGUCGUACCUAGAGCCGCGUACAGCGGAAAUGGCGAGCCUUAUGGCACUGGACACAUCCAUCCGACCACCAUAGCCGCAUCAUCUUCUAUGGCUUCUCAGGCCUCAUCCCUUGGCUCGAGUAUUGUGCCGCCGGCUUCGAUAAUUGGCACCUAUCCUGUCGUGAGCGGCCCUACCAUCACUGGUUGGCCAUCGGCUGCUUCGUCAAGCUCGAUUGUACCGAGCAGCGUUCUGGAUUACCCUGCCGAAUCAUCCGUGCCACCUCCUGAGGAUCCAGCGACUUCAGACUAUCCUGCUGUCACUCCUACUUCGAAUGUGGCUUGGUCUACUGGCGGCGGAUAUGGCCCUUCCCCUGCGCCUGUCUCCCCCCACCUAAGUAAGCUUACGAGCAGUGCGAUCCCGGAGAGCAGCGUAACUCCAAGUAACUACAGUUCCUCCUGUCUAUUCGCCAACACCGACGCUUCCCGUCUCGUCACUCUCCUCAGCCUACCCUGUUUCGCCAGCAUCGUCUUCUUCCCCUCCCAUGCACCCAGAAUCCUCUUCAGCCCCUCCAGACUAUCCGGCAUCGCCUUCGGGUCAUCCCACCCCUUCGACGUCGCCUUCUGCCCCUCCUUCGUACCAGACAUCGUCGUCAGCCCUUCCGGACUAUUCGGCAUCAACACCGCUCCCUCCUGCCUCUUCGACAGCAUCGCCGGCCCACCCUGUCUCGCCGACAUCGUCAGGCCUUCCAGACUAUUCGGCAUCAGUACCGGUCCCUUCCGCCUCGCAGACAUCAUCUCUGGCCUACCCCGUUUCGCCGCCAUCAUCUUCAGUUCCUCCGAUGUCUGCGACGCCAUCAUCAGCCCUUCCCAUCGCCUCGACGCUCUCUUCAGCCUACCCUGUUGCGCCUACAUCGUCUUCAGUCGCUCCCGCUUAUCCAGCGUCAUCUUCGGCCGCUCCCGCGUAUCCAGCGUCGUCUUCGGUCGCUCCUGA